UUUGAGCAGAUUGAUGUACUCACGAGCUUGUUAAGUGGUCGAUUGGUUCGUGAACGGAUAGGUCCAGCUAUGCUAAGUGCAGUCCAGAGUCAGAUGGGAGCUGUUGAAACUGCAUAUGACGAGGCCCCUAACAUUUUUGAUACGGGAGGGGCUAAAGGUUUGCAUGGAGAUUCUGUUGAAAAGAUCCCCAAGAUUGUAAUUACAAAUGGUAGCAACUUGGAUGAUUGUGGAGACAGAGUCUCUUGUUCAGUCUGCCUUCAGGAUUUUCAACUAGGGGAAACUGUGAGAUGUUUGCCACAAUGUCAUCACAUGUUUCACUUACCGUGUAUAGAUACAUGGCUGUUGAAACAUGGCUCGUGCCCAAUGUGCAGAAGGGACCUGUAGUUGCUCCGUAAAUUAUGACAAUGUUAUAUAGUUUCUUCAUACUUGCUUGUAAGGUUUCUUUAGUUCUCUUUCUUCACUUAACCACAAUUUUCGAAGGAAACCUGUUUAUUUAGUGGCAAGUAUGUGCCUUUUCAAGUUUGGUCGUUGUAGACAAUUAAUUACCUGUAAAUUGAGUUAUCAUAGUGUUCAUUCUCUGAAUCACAUGCACCACACCAAUCAUUAGGCUGAUGAUACUAUAAAUCUCUGUAGGAAAGUCAUAUCGUGCUUAAUUUUGGUGAUAGUGGUAAAAAGUUCUUAUUUUUA